UGGCCCGGAGGCUGCGCGCGCGCUGGUGCGCAUGCGCGGCGUUCCUGCGGGCGGGGCUGGACCGCGUGCGCGGGCGGCGGCGCGAGGCGACGGCUCGGCACUACAAAGCACAGCCCUUGAGAGUCCUAAAUAUGCGACCUGCGGGUUGAAGAGGUCUGAAACAUGUCCCACAGCCACCUAAGGAGGCUUGCUACACUCCGAUGCAGUCUUUAAGCCGUGUCCACUAGAAACCAGAGCCAAUUUUCCAAAUAAACCUCGGAAGGUGGGUGGACAUGGAUCCGUAUCACAUGCAGCUUCCUGGAUUUUCAGAGAGUCAAAGACUGAACUGCAGUGACCCUCUCAACCAUGAUUUGUGUUCAGACAUGAGAGACAUGAUGUAUGCUGGCCUGAACAGCUUAGAUAUGGAUCCUAGUCCUUCAGCCACAGAUAUAGCUAUGGACACUUUAGAGGACAAUUUAGAUGCACUCUCUUUGUAUUCAGUGAAGGACUGUGAUUCAGCUAAACUCCUUAAUGAGUCUGACUCUGACUCUCAGCCUUCUUUGCAUGAGCUGGGGCUUCUUGCCCCUCCAGCACCUAAAGAAGCUGAACAAAGAGGCAGAUCCAAUACUGGUAGUGCCAGGAAAGGAAAGCAUCAGCACAGCUCUCCUCAAAGCCCAUUUCUGGAUUGCAGUUUCUGUGGGAAGGUGUUCAGCAGUGCUAGUUCCCUUAGCAAACACUGUCUGACUCACAGCCAGGAGAGGAAACACGUCUGUAAAGUCUGCAGCAAGGCUUUUAAGCGUCCGGAUCACCUGAGUGCACACAUGCUAACACAUCAGAAAACCAAACCGUUUAUUUGCAUAGAACAGGGUUGCAACAAGAGCUACUGUGACCACCGCUCGCUGCGCCGGCAUUACGAAAUGUCUCAGCACGGCCUGCGUAUUUUGAAGGAGAUGCCCAGCGACGAAGGUACCUGCGAGGCCUCACCACCUUCUCGCGAUGCCCGUGUCCAAGCAGAGCGAGGCGGUGUGGGAACCACGGAGAAGCUGGCCGGGCGCUUGGAAUCCAGACCUAAUUCUGUCGUGCCCAACAGAGACCUCUUUAAGCACAUUGUGAGCAGCGUCGUAAAUCAGAAACUUCCAUCAACUGCAGUAUCCUUUGCGGGGCAUUCAGACACUGACUUGAAGGAGUCCCUGCAGCCUUGCUCCUCUUCCUCUGGUCAGGUUUUAUGCCUCCCAGCUAGCACUGCAGCCCAUAUUGAAACUACAGGUGACGUGUUGAAGGAGCCUCAUCCUUGUCAAAAGAGUACUGCCUCUUCCAGCGUGUAUGCCAUAAUCAAUCCCAGCAAUUUAUCUGUGAUCGCCCCAGGGGAGAGCCUAGUAACAAACCUGACCAAUAGGCCCCUGCUUUCAGAACCACAGUUCCCUCUUGAGACGACGGGGGAGGAGUAUUGGCCAAAUAGUGCUUUACCUUGUUUCCCGUUAUUUCGAAGUCAGAAGAUCUCGGCAAACUCCCUUCAGUGCAGCGGGAACUUCCAGUGGAUUAGAAACAUGCCAGUGUGUGCUAUUUCGGGUCAGGACAUUUCAGAUGGGUUUGCUGGGCCUUCUCAUGCAUUUGACUCAUUUGCACAGGCAUACGAGUGUCCAGACACUUUAUCAUUCACCCCCAUGACUUUUAAUUCACCAGGGGAAAUGUCAAGUAAAACGACGCUCAGCAGUUUUGAGGAAACCUUUAGGCGAACCAAGAGGCAUGGAUGCGAUAUUGAUUACUAUCGGUGGCAGAACCACGGGGAGUUGAACCUUCAGGACACUCAGAAGCAGAGUGUGCUACAGGAUACGACCAGCCCGCUCUUCAGGCAGUUUUUUGUGAAAUCCCAGGAAACCGCAGGGAACCAGGAAGAGAAACAAGUGCAGCAGCACCUGCUGCAGAUCAUCACCAAAUCUCAGCACAUUUUAUCCCCCACCCAGGUAGUGGCUCCGUCACAGCUAGUGGCUUCUGAGAUGAAGCAGGCUGUAGCAAAACCAGUCCAAAACACAUUUCAGCAGCAACAGCCUGACGUGACUUGCUGUCUUCCAGAGCUCGCAGAAUGUGAAGGGUCUCACGUGUACGUGCAAAAGAUCUUGACCCAUCAGUUUCAGAAGGAUGUGUCAUCCGGUGGUGAGAAACAGGUCCAAAUGGGAAGGCAGCAAACAGCUUCUGUGUUGCAGUGUCUUCAGUCGAGAUCCUUGAAAGGGUGCCUGGAAUUCAAGGAUGUUUCCAGUCCUGGCCAGCCACAACUUGCAGCCUGUGAAAAUGCUGUGGGCAGCCAUUAUGGGAAGCCAAGCCUUUUGGAAAGCAUCCCUUCUACAUCUAACAAAGGGAAGGGUAAAAGAUAUGCCAAAGAAACGGGUGAUAAACUACAUGCUAGGGGCGGUAGAUCCCGACGCCUGCCUGGUGUCCAAAAGGAUAAGCUGAAGUUUGACCCGUCUUGCGCCGUUUCUCCAAGUCAGGUGGCCAUGGACUCCUUUUCGUUGCCUUGCACUUCCUCCAGUCAUGUCACGGGCGAGAAACGCAAGCUAACUAUUUUCAAUAGGAUCCAGGGUGGAAAGAUCUACAGCCUUACGAAUGCAGUGAAGGAGGAAAACUUGUUGCCUGGAUGUAACAAAACCAGUGCCGGCCAUAUGGAUGGGAGCAAAUGUGAAAGUGGUUUCGUUUGCAAGAACUGCAGUCAGCUUUUCUACACUGAGAAAGGUCUGAGUAGCCAUAUGUGUUUCCAUAGCGAACAAUGGCAGUCACCGCAAGGGAGGAACGAACAGCAGGUGCAUGAUGCAGAAAACUUGAAUCCUCAGACAUUGUUCCUGAAGCCAGUAAGCGAUGGAAACACUCCCUCAGACAUUAAGAAACCUUUAGACGAUGGAACAGUAGUGCCUCUGGUGAUCCCAGUCUCUGUACCUGUGACAGCGACAGAUGAACAGGCACGGAACAAAGUUAAUAACCAGGAAAGCCAGGAUGUGCAGGACUCCAGCACGCACCAAAAAAAGAGAAAGAGGCAGACUCGGUCCAAAUCACUUUUUAUCCCCUCUCCCAUGCCGUUAUGUGGCGAGAUGCAGUCAAGCAUAGGAGGAUGCUAUCAAAGCAAUCUUCGUUCCCCAGUCUAUCUGGUUGACCAUCUCGUAAGGGACUUUUUCCAAUACUCUCCGUAUACUCCACCCCCAAUGCUCAGCCCGAUACGGGAAGGAUCAGGGCUCUAUUUCAACACUGUCUGCUCUUCCUCUGAAAAAGGAGAUCCCAGCAAGCUGUUCAGUACUAUUCUAGACAGAAUGGAUGGAGACUUUGGAUUCUCUCUUGUGAAAGAUAACACCAAAAUCAGCAUAGAGCCACAUAUUAACAUUGGAAGCCAGUUUCAGGCAGAGAUUCCAAACCUCCAGGAUAGAUCGGUUUUAGAAAACGAUGAACAUAGAGCGUCAUUAGUGUGGAAACCCUGGGGAAACAUCGCAACCAACCAGGAAACGCAGGACAGAGUAACAGAACUCCUAAAUGUGGCCUGCUCCAGUGCGAUGCCCGGGGGAGGUACCAACCUAGAAUUGGCCCUGCAUUGUCUACAUGAAGCCCAGGGCAAUAUCUUGAAAGCCGUGGAGAUGCUGCUGUUUGGAGGACCUCAGAAGCCUGCAUCCCACCCUCUGGCUGACUACCAUUACACAGGUUCAGAUGUUUGGAUGCCUGUUGAGAAGCAGUUGUUUAGAAAGGCUUUUUGUCUCCAUAAGAAGGAUUUUUACCUGAUACAGCAGAAGAUUCAGAAUAAGAACGUGUUCCAGUGCAUUGAAUAUUACUAUAUCUGGAAAAAAAUAAUAAAAUUUGACCUCAGUCGAGCACAAGUGGUAGAAAAAAGGGUCAAGAGAGACAAGGAUGAGUUAGAAAGCACAGAAGAAAAGACUGCCUGCAGCCCAUGGAAAAGGCAUGGUCCUUUGCCCAAACACAACAUGAAUAUAAAGCCAAAGAAUUACAGAAAAGCACCUAAUGACGCAUACAGUCCAGCCUUCAGUCUGAAGGGAACUCCAGCCCAGCCCGGAAGUACAGACUGUCAGGGUGUAUUUCCAUGUAAAGAGUGUGAAAGGGUGUUUGACAAGGUAAAAAGUCGAAAUGCUCACAUGAAGCGGCACCGACCGCAGGAGCACGUGGAGCCACUGGUAAAGAGUAAGUGGCCCAUAAAACAAGUCAGAAACGAGCCAGAGCUGGAGGAGACCCGGGUGCUGACCUCCUCCAACGGUAACUGGGAAAUCGUGGUUUCUGAGUAGCGGUGAAGGCAGCCUGACUUCUGCUGGAAAAGUGUGUAAGCAUUUUUAGCCCCUGAACAGGUGUUUUUCCUACAUAUUCCAUCAUGUGUGACAUGCUGAGUCUUGAGCAGGGUUGAGUGACGUGACCGUGCUGCCAGGUCAGUCGCACAGAUGUAGCUGCACUGAUGCUGAAAAACACUCAAAACUUUUGCUAGGGCAGGAGCACCUGGUGAGGCUGCAGAGGCAAACUUCUCAGUCCCUGCAAAGAAACCCCUUCCCUCCCAUACCUUAUGGAAGGAGACCUGUAUUGUUUUCUGUACAACGGAGUGCAAAAGCCUGCCUGGAUAUUUUCAGCACUUCGCACUAACAUAAUAUUGUUUGCCUUGAGUUUGAGUUUAAAAAAACCAAAAAACAAAACAAAACACGAAGGCAUUGAACGUUCUUUACUUACUUAGAUUAACACUGCAACGAUGCGUGUUAAAUUAAGUAUGCGUGCCUGGCAUUAAACUACAAUUAUGCAUGAUUGAGAAAAAAAAAAGUUGUUACACCAAUACCAGAGGCUCUUAACUUCUGAUUUUGUUCAUUUGGUGGCGAGUGGGGGGAGCCUUUCUGCUCCAUUUACAAGUAAAAGUUGGAUGUGGAUACCCCUCAUGUCUUACCAUCAGUUUUAGGGUUUGGUUGUUGUUUGUUUGAAAAAGAAACCCCCCCCAAAGGACAGAAUAGGAAAAUCAAUGAGAAAUUGCCAUUGUAUUUAAUAUAUAUAAUUUUUUCCAUAACGUGACGGUCACUUCUUGGAUUUCAGUUUUAGUGUGUAGUGCUGCGGUGAUCUGUGGAUUGUUAUUUUGUAUGUGCUUGCUUCAUAGUUCUAUUAAACUGAGUUUGUGAGCUA